UCUCUCUCUCUCUCUCUCUCUCUCUCUCCACAGAACUGAGUGACCCACAUGCACUGGUGGUUCUCCACAAUGACAUCGUUGUUGUGGACCUACUCUCCCCCAGCUACCCCUGUUUUGAGAACCCCUAUUGAAGGGAUACACACGAGUCACCUGUCACCGGCUGUACACACCUGGCUGACUGCCCUGCUGACCUCAACCCUGCCCUCUACUUAGCUGGGGCCAGGGGAGGGGGGCACAGGAAGCAGGGUUUCUCUGAGAAGGAGUGGCCAAUCUCUGGGAGGGAGUGGGACAGCACCUCUUGCCCCUACCCUGAAAUGACCUUGACUGGACAUGUGGAUGGGUCAAUAAAAUUCUGGGAUGUCUCUUCUGUGGGACUCCAGAUUCUUUACAAUUUGAAGACUGCAAACGUAUGGCCUGUUCCAGUUCACUUGAGUCCAUCCCAGCCUCCCCAACUGCAUCCCAGCCACCCCAGUACAUCCCAGCCUCUCCCAGUGCAUCCCAGUCAUCCCCAGUUCAUCCCCAGCCUCUCCCAGUGCAUCUCAGCCACUCUUGGUGCAUCCCAGCCUCUCCCAGUGCAUUUCAGCCUCUCCCAAUCCAUCCCAGCCUCCCUCAGAGCAUCCCAGCCUCCCUCAGUGCAUCCCAGCCUCUUCCAGUCCAUCCCAACCUCUCCCAGUGCAUCUCAACCACUCUUGGUGCAGCCCAGCCUCUCCCAGUCCAUCCCAGCUUCUCCCAGUGCAUCUCAGCCACUCUUGGUGCAUCCCAGCUUCUCCCAGUGCAUCUCAGCCUCUCCCAAUCCAUUCCAGCCUCCCUCAGAGCAUCCCAGCCUCCCUCAGUGCAUCUCAGCCUCCUUCAGUGCAUCCCAGCCUCUUCCAGUGCAUCCCAACCUCUCCCAGUGCAUCUCAGCCUCUCCCAGUGCAUCUCAGCCUCUCCCAGUGCAUCCCAGCCUCUCCUAGUCCAUCUCAGCCUCUCCCAGUGCAUCUCAGCCUCUCCCAGUGCAUCCCAACCUCUCCUAGUCCAUCUCAGCCUCUCCCAGUGCAUCUCAGCCUCUCCCAGUGCAUCCCAGCCUCUCCUAGUCCAUCUCAGCCUCUCCCAGUGCAUCUCAGCCUCUCUCUGUGCAUCCCAGCCUCUUCCAGUGCAUCCUAGCAUUUCUCAAUGCAUCCCAGCCACCCUUAGUCCAUCCCACCCUCUCCUAGUGCACCUGUCUCUCCCAGUGCAUCCCAUCCUCUUCCAGUGCAUCCCAGCCUUUCUCAGUCCAUCCUAACCUCUCCCACUGCAUCACAGCCUCUCCCACUGUAUCCCAGCCUCCCCCAGUGCAUCCCAGUCUCUCCCAGUGCAUCCCAGUCUCUCCCAAUGUAUCCCAGCUUCUCCCAGUCCAUCCCAGCCUCUCCCAGUGCAUUCCAGCUUCCUCCAGUGCAUCCCAGCCUCUCCCAGUGCAUCCCUGCCACUCCCAGUGCAUCGCAGCCUCUGCCAGUGCAUCCCAGGCUCUCCCAGUGCAUCUCAGCCUCUCCCAGUACAUCCCAAUCUCUCCCAGUAUAUCCCAGCCUCUCAUAGUGCAUCCCAGCCUCUCCCAUUGCAUCCUAGCCUCACCCAGUGCAUCCCAGCCUCUCCCACUGUAUCCCAGCCUCCCCCAGUGCAUUCCAGUCUCUCCCAGUGCAUCCCAGUCUCCCAGUGUAUCCCAGCUUCUCCCAGUCCAUCCCAGCCUCUCCCAGUGCAUUCCAGCUUCCUCCAGUGCAUCCUUGCCUCUCCCAGUGCAUCCCAGACUCAGUAUAUCUAAAACAAUUAUUCCCUGUAAAAACACUGUAAAUUAUUAUUGUACAGGGGAGUUUCAAUGGGUAACUAAAGUAAAUUCCCCCUAGCAGUACUGAACGUAAUUGUGCGUUACCUCUCAAUAGAAAACAUUUUAUGCAAGUUUCCCUUCUAAUACUCCGAAAUGGCUCUCGUUUUCUUUCCGCCCCGGUAGUUUUAAGGGGAAGCUUCACUAAAUUGAGUAAAUUAUUCCCGUUUUCUUUCCAACUGCCUCGAGGUGCCAGUCAUGAAGUGUAUGAAAGCAGAAACGGGUCUCCAGAAUAUGAUUUUUGCCCAAGAUCUUCCCUUCAGGUGAGUCUGAUGAUGACGAUGAUACUAUUACUGCUGCUGCUGCUGCUGCUGCUGCUACAACAACUACUACUACUACUACUACUACUACUACUACUACUACUACUACUACUACUACUAUCUUUGCAGACCUCUUUGGACUAUUUCGUGUCCAUCCAUGUCAGAGCAGGACCGCAAAGAAGACCGGCUGGCUGGCUACCGGGUGAGAGAGAGAGA